AUGUCACCAAAAACAAUAGCCUUCCUCGGCGCCACCGGCGGCUGCACAAACGCCUGUCUUGCACACACCUUGAAAGCCGGCUACCAUGCAAUCGCCCUGGCACGAACACCAAGCAAGUUAACAAGUCUACUGCUGCAGCAAGACGGCAUCACGGAGGAGAUUCUCGCGUCGCAGUUGCGGAUUGUUAGGGGGGAUGCGAUGGAUGUUGCUUCUAUCAAGAAGACGAUAUUAUUAUCUGGAAGUAAUGAGGGUGGCAGUCUUGUCGACAUCAUCGUCUCUGGAAUCGGCGGGACGCCGUCACUGAAUAUGGACAUGAGGAAGUGCUUGUUCGUGCCCACGGUGAAGCUCGACAAUCCGCAUAUCACAGAGAAGACUGCUUCAGCACUGGUAUCUGCUUUGCAAGAAAUCUACUCUGAGAGAAAGCUCAACAACCACGACCAGGACAAGCCUGUUCUGGCGUGCAUCUCCACGACAGGCCUCACCGACGACAACGAGCCUCCCGACGUGCCCUUCCUCAUGCGGGCUAUGUACCACACGCUCCUGGCAGAGCCGCACAAGGACAAGAGGAAGAUGGAGGCCGUUAUUGAUGCGAAUCGAGACCUGUUUGCUGGGACGGUCAUCGUGAGGCCGACGCUGUUGACUGGUGAUGGAAAAAGCACCGCCGGUAAAAAGAAGGGCCGGCAGAAGCUCAGGGUUGGCACGGCCAGGAAACCUGCUCUCGGGUACACGGUUGAUCGGGCGGAUGUCGGAGAGUGGAUUUUUGAGGAGGUUAUCAAGACGGGGGGGAAGAGGUGGUUUGGGGAGAAGGUGACGCUGGCUUGA